UUGUUUGCAUCGGCGAUUGGUUGUUUUAUUUGGUGACGUACGCUGUUUUGGUAUUUAUGUUGGUCUUCGUCCCCGGACUUAUCCAAAAGCAAAAAAUCAUGGUGCGGCUAAUGUCAAAUAAAUCUUCUUGGGCUCGUCCUCUUCCACUUUGUCUCGAUUUGUUUCGGGAAUGGCAACUGCUCGUCGGUGAUAAUGGUGUAAAAACUUCGUGUAAAUCGCCAACCGUUUCUCCCAGGCAUAGCGUUUCUUCUAUGAGUUCCACUUCUUCUUAUCAAUCGACAGGAAAAGAUAGUUCGAAACAAAAAUACGAGCAAUCGUCUAGCGCAAGUUCUAGAGCGGGAUUUGCCAAAUUAGCUCGACUUUUAACCCCCAAAGAGAAAACAUCGGAUAAAAAUGUUCAAUCGGCAACAACCCCCGUUACGGAACAAAAAUUAAGAAAAGCCAACAGUAUCGACAGCUUAUUAGACGUGGCUUCACCCGGUUAUACCGUUCAGAUCUGCGAUGUUUCUGAUAAUUCACUCGAUAUAGCAUCGACGUCGCAGAAUGACAAAAGCGCAAUAAAUUCCGGUGGCUUGACCGUCCCUAAUAAGACCAUUCCUAAUUCGCCGAGUAUUCCCGCAAAGCUGGAAACACAUAAAAGAGGAAUACCGACAUCCCCCAGUAUGCCCAGCAAAUUAGCCAAGGAUAUAUCCGCCGGUUUACGUCAGAGCAGUAUGGAGUUGCUGUUAGAAGGUGUUCCUCUAACUAAAGCGGAAAGGAAGAGAUUAGAGAAAGUCAAUAAAUUUAACAUAGAUCUUCAAGCAUUGUUUGCUGCCGUAGAGCAUCAACACAUAGAAAGAGCGCGGAGCAUUCUAGAAACGACCGGGGUCGAUGUAAAUAGCGUAAAUGGAGACGGAUUCAGCCCUUUAGAUAUAGCUGUGAUGACCAACAACGUGCCCAUGAUUAAGUUAUUACAAUGGUACGGCGGAAGGGAGAGUUUACAAUAUGCCACAAAGGACAGUCGAUCGCAUCAACUCAAUGGUCUAGUAAAGGAAGCGGGACGAUGCGUAGAGGAUUUGACUACUUGCGUAUUGAGUGCGGCUACCAAUGGUUCCUUAUCCAAUGCUCUUUUGAAAGAAAAAGAGCGCCAAUUGUCUCUAUGGCAACGAAGACUGCAGCUACUAAGGAGAAUGAAGACGGGUUUUGAACGUCUCCGACCUCCAGAUUGUCCGACGUUCGUAGUCUUGGAAGUGGUGGGAACAAAUUCCUUAAGAGUGAGAUUCGUCGAACCCGACACCGCUCAUAACGCGGAAUGUAUCGUUACAAAGUAUAAAGUCGAAUGGAGUUUACAGGAAGAUUUCAAGAGCUUAGCCGGUUAUCAAGAGGUUAACGACGUUCACAGGCUCGAAGUUAUAAUUACCGAUCUGAUUCAAGGAACUCCGUAUUUUGUCAGAGUCGCCGCCGGAAACAGUAAAGGAUACAGCAAUCACCAGAAUUCUUCUCCCGUUUCCGCUACUCCUUCCUGUUGGAGGGACAUCGAAGGAGAAUCGCCCAGAGUCGAAGGUAAAAUGGGAAAAUUAGACGAUCUGUUUAAUCAAAUUGUUAAUUCCGGCCCGACUUAUUCUCCGGAAGUAAAAGCGCUGGCCGAUUUGGCUGACACGCCGCAACAACAAAGACGACAAGUUAGAAAAAGCAUCAAAAAUUUAUUUACUCCGGCACCGAAAUUUCAGAAAAGCAUGAAAAGAGGUGUUUUUCUAGCCAGUCUCUUGUAUAACGAAGACAAGAUUCUCGUUACUCCCGAGGAAACCUUACCCAUUUUAGAAGUGGACGAAACCUAUCCUUCCUCUCUACAUACGGAUUUCCAUUGGUUAAUGAAAGUGGCUUGCACGUGGGAAGACGUUAAAGCGUUGAGGCAGGAUAUGGAGAAGAGUCCUAGUUCUUCUAACGUUCAUUUACGUAGUAGACUAUUACAGGCUGUCGAACAGAUGCAGGCCGCUCUAGGGAUACAAGAUUUAGGUCAAUUAUUCUACAAGCCCUUUAAAGAUACGGAAGGAACUAUAGUUAUAUGUACCGUUAAACAUAUAGCCGAUAUUAAAAGUAUGGUUCCUUUAUCGGUUAGAUGGUUACCUUUAUCAAAAAUUCAAAGAAAAUUAAGUAGCAGCAGCAACGAAGCUAACGAACCACCAAAUGCUAGCGAGAUUCUUCUGUCCUCUUUGCAAGAAAUGAUCAAUUAUAAUCAAGCGAGUGGAGCUUGUUUAAGUCGUGGUUUAUAUUUUGGUUAUAUCAAACUGAAAAGUUCCGUCGAUCUAAUUAGAGUUUUGGUACCUCAGAAAGCGCCUAACGUCUUGCCUCAUUGUAGAAUACGUGAAAACCCACACGUUUCUUUGGAGGAGUGGAAAUGGUUAUCCAUUCUUAAAUCUGGUGAUAAAUCUGAAAGUCCCUCCGAAGUCCAAUUAAAAUUUCAAAGAUCUUUAUCGUCAGCUGCUCGAAGCUUGUUCCAACAAUUGGACAUCCCACCUUCGCAAAUGGAUACCCACAGGAUUUACGAUAUGGAAGUCAUCGAAUUAAGUGCCGAUGUUUCUUUUAUUUUGAUCUUACCUCCCGUCGAAAGUGUUUGUUCAGUUGCUGGUCAAACUGACGAACUGACAUCCAGAACAGAUUGCAUUCCUCUCCCCGUCCAAAUAUUUGAAAUGGUAAGUUUGAUAAGUCUUAAAACUUAACAACAAAAGAUUUGCCCUAAAAGAUUCUUUCUUUAAACAGUUCAUAUGACAACCUACCAGAAGAAUUUUAUCUGUCGAUAUUCGCGCUUAUCUUCCAUUUUGGAAAUGGCUAACAUGGUGGCUCAACAGGCACACCGCGAGGCAUUUUCUUCGGCAGAAGUAGCGUCUGCCAAAUGUCGUCUUAAUCAACUUCAAGAAUUUCAAGGGCAAGUCGAUAAUAUUUGGAGAGGGAUGAGAUGGAUAAUGGAUGUACUCACUUUCGCUAGAGAUAAGCAGGUAAAUGGUGGAAUUCCACUUAGUGGAGUUUUAGUAUCGAAAACGGGAUCGCCGUCUCCCGCUCCUUCUCCGCAUCAAUCACCCGUACAGAUGUGUUAUCAGCAAAGAGAAGACUGUAGAAACGGAUCGGACAAGAAUUAUUUAAGAAUCACCACGUCAUCCAGCUACACUCUUCUCGAUUCGAACAGAGAAGGAGACAACCAUCUGGAAAUUCGACGUUGCGCAUCGACUUCUAAGCUUCAGGUGUCCGUUCAUAGAGAGGAAGACGAGGACAUCAGCGAGUCUACCGUGUCGGUUAACGAAAAAGGUUUGGGUAUCAAAGAAUUGAGCGACUGCUUCGACGUCGAGGAAAACGGGAUCAAAAUUCCUUGUCCGCAGUUGAACGAAUGUGCCAAAGAUAGAGAUCAAACCGAAAUUGGAAUGUCCUCCAACAGUGUUCACAGCAGUCUGACCGGAAGCAACAAAUCGCUCUUGUCCGAUUUACCCAUCGAAGACGAUACAUCCGAAAACGGGAGUGUAUAUUCUAAAGAUAGUGCGUGCAGUGUGGGAGAUAUCGGAAAAUCACCCGACGAUUGCGAGGUAUCCGAAGUGGUUAAGCGACCGUCUUCGUCGAAUUCUUCGGGUUCGAAUCCCGGUGAUGCUUCGUCCGGAAUUUUAAGGGUGUACGCCGCGUACGAAACCGGACUUCCUAGUGGAACCAGCGUAAAACUCCACGUCACCCCUCAAACAACUGCCAGAGAAGUUGUAGACUUAGUUGUAAAACAACUCAACAUGGCAGUCAUACUUAAAGGUAGAGGAGGACCAAUUUACGGUAGUAAUCAAAUCCAGAACUUUUGUCUAGUAGCCGUGGUGGGCAGUAGAGAAAAAUGUCUGGGCGACGAUUUUCAACCACUUAAAUUAUCAAAUCCGUGGACUAAAGGCAAAUUAUUCGUUCGAAUGAAUAACGUGUUGGAAGAAUCGGAUAAAUGAACGUUUUGUACAUAUUGAAAUUGGUGCUGAUGUACAUAAGCGGGCGUAUCGAAAAAAUGCAGCUAACCCGUCUUCUAGGAGUACGUCUCUACUUAGUCCGUUAUAGUAAAAGCAGUUUUUAAAAGACCCAAAUUUUAGAAGAAAAAAAUAUGUUGCUUGUGCCUUUCUUCGCUUGCUGUUUGUAUUUGUAAAUAGUAAUGUGUUUAACGCGUGAAAGUAAGGCAAAGAAUGCGCGUGGAGAAAAGAAGUUGGUAUCAAUUGGAAUAUUAAAAUUUUCCAUACGCGCAAAAAUCUAUAUUCUAAAAUAUUGAUAUAAUUAACAAAAACAAGGCAACAUCUACAAUAUAAAUAUAAAUAUAUAUAUUUAUACAGAAUCGUAAAACAGAAAAAUUUCAUCUUCGGGAGUAACGACUAUUUUGUAAGCGAUAUGAAAAUUAAUAUUUUCAUAAUUCAUUUCCAAACGAAAAUUGUGUGGAGCUGGAAAUCAAAAAAGCCGAAAAAUUAAAGCAAAAUAAUAAUAAUAUUAAUAAUAAUUAAUUUUUUCGCGCGGAAAGGUUGUGGUAAAUAUUCUAAGUUAUAUAAAUGAAGUUAGAUUUUAUAGAAUGUGUGUGUUUCACCAUGACUUUCUCAUCUUCGUGGCUAUGUUUUCUCAUUGUUUACGGGAACAGAAUCUACCUACGUUCAAGUAGGUUCGAAUGACCAAGUUGGAUAUAGUUUUGUUCCUAAAAAUUUACGGAUAUUCUUUUGUUAAUAUUCGAAACGAGUAUGAUUUGUAUAUAUUUGUGAUCCGUUGUAGACCAGACGAUUAGUGUCAUUAACACGUUAUUGAUUUGCCAUAAAAAGAAAAUCAAUCGUUCAAAAAGUGUAUUGGUGUUGGCUUCUUCUUCGCUUACUUGUGACCUAACAAAUAUUUUCUUUUUUCAUUUUUCCUAAAUAAAAACAAAGUAAAACUUUACAUGAAUUCGAUUAAAGCGGUUUUGUCCAAGAGCAAUCGCACUCCGCUUUUGUUCUUUGUUACUGAAAAUUCGGUUGGCCAGCGACGAAGGGUUCAAAAAUGAAUAAAGGAGCGUAAAUCGUAGAUAAUUCUUGUUUGUAUCGUGUUUUUUAAGUGGCCCAAAAUAAUGAAAAAUUCUCGAAAUUACUUUAAAAUGGCCGUUUUUUUCUUUCAAAUGUUAUCAGUUGUCGCAAUUUUAUCGAUUUAUAUAUUAUAUGAUUUAUAUGACUCGAGGAAACGUAAUACGAGAAAAAUAGUAAUCGACAUUGGUGCAAACGGGUAAAUAUCAAAGAAAACUUUAAUAUUUAAUUUAACAAAUAAAUAAAAAUCAAAUUAAGCAAUAAAAAGUAGGAAAAAAACAUGAAAAAUCGCUUAAAAUAUAGAAAAUAAAAUCUCUCGAUAACGAUUUUGUGUUACUUGGUGGUGACUGUUACGUAAAAAAAUCGAUUUUGAUAUUAAACGAACUCUGUUAUAUAAAAUUCGGUACAAAAAUCGCAUCAUUCGUCGCUGUUUCGGCUAUUAAAAAUGCUUACGUUUCCUCUCGAAUGCAAAUAUGACCCUGAGCCAAAACUUAGGGCUGCAUUCCAUCCAAACAAAAACUGAUAUGUAUUCUCUAUUACUAUUUGGGGAGGGAAAAGGGAACCUUAUAUGUUAUAGCUUAGGGCUACAACAAAUUUAUAUCUAAAUAUCUCGAUAUU